CCUCCACUUCAGGAAGUCAUUAUGUGACUAACACAUUUUCAUCAGAUUUCCUCCGAUUUACCCUGAAGUGUAUGUAAGAAUGAUGUGCACUGCCAAGAAAUGUGGAAUUAGGUUCCAGCCUCCAGCUAUUAUCUUAAUCUAUGAGAAUGAAAUGAAGGGGAAAAGUCGCCAACGCAUCAUGCCAGUCCGAAACUUUUCGAAGUUUUCAGAUUGCAACAAAGCUGCUGAACAAUUAAAGAAUAAUCCACGACACAAGAAUUACCUGGAACAAGCGUCCCUGAGGCAGCUAGAGAAGUUAUUCAGUUUUUUACGAGGUUACUUGUGGGGGCAGAGUUUGGCAGAAACAAUGGAACAAAUUCAACAGGAAACAACAAUUGAUCCUGAGGAAGACCUGAACAAACUAGAUGAUAAGGAACUUGCUAAGAGAAAGAGCAUCAUGGAUGAACUUUUUGAGAAAAAUCAAAAGAAGAAGGAUGAUCCGAAUUUCGUUUAUGACAUCGAAGUUGAGUUCCCACAGGACGAACAACUGCAGUCUUGCGGCUGGGACACAGAGUCAGCUGACGAGUUCUGAUAUCAAAAACUCAAAGAAUGGAUUGGGCUAGCAGAAAAUCCAUGUCUAUACAAAGGAUGUAUGAACAUGGUUCUAGAAAAAUCUGUAAAGAACACUAAAUGUACAUGUUGGGUCAAGUUUGGAUUGACCAGGUUACUUUUCAAAACCAGGACAUGUAGAGUAUCUACUAUGUAGAUGCAUGAGGAAGAUACGAAAACCAAAAUAUAGGAGUCUGCCUUUAAGGAGCUUACAAUC